UGUGUUUGUGUGUGUGUGUGUGUUUGUGUUUUGCUGAACUUUGGACUAUCUGAGUAACUCUGACUGAAAACGAGGCAUUUUAAGAGCACAAAAUGGAGAAAUUUUCUCUCAUUACUUUAAUAAAUGGAGUUUUUAUUUUAGUAUCGAAUGUCUCUCUCACAUCAUCAGGCUCAGUGUUCAUGUCGAGACAGACUGCCCAGUCAGUGUUAUUGAGACAGAAGCGCUUUAAUAAGGGAGGACUGGAGGAGGUGAUGAGAGACAAUCUGGAGAGAGAGUGUAUGGAGGAGAAAUGCAACUUUGAGGAAGCACGUGAAGUUUUUGAAAACAUGGAGAAAACAAGAGAGUUCUGGAUCGGUUACAUCGACGGAGAUCAGUGUUUGUCGUCUCCUUGUCAGAAUGGAGGGACGUGUAAAGAUGGCCUGAGCUCCUACGUCUGCUGGUGUCCAAUCAGCUUCAUUGGGAAGAACUGCGAGCUCGAGCUAGAGAGACAGUGUGAUGUGAAUAAUGGAGGCUGUAUGCAUUUCUGUGACGUGGAUAAGGUACAGGGGGUGGUGUGUAUGUGCGCUGAUGGAUACACACUUGGUGCUGACGAGAUGGGCUGUGAGCCGAGAGAUAAUUACCCCUGUGGACGUUUGGGGAAGAACAUCGCCAACACUCUUGCCACGAGAACAUUACUCACUGAAGAAACUGUGAUCCAAACUCAUGGCAUCAAACAUGUCAAUGUGACAGAGAGGAAUUUAACUACAGCAAACAGCACAAAUUCCACUGACCUGAACAGCGCCACCAUCAGUCCAACACCCAGAGACUGGAAUUUUUUCCCCACUUUACCCGCUAUCACAGAGAAGACCAACACCAAACAGCGCAUUGUGGGAGGAUUAGAAGCAACACCUGGAGAGAUUCCCUGGCAGGUGGCAUUGGUCCAUAAAGAGAAGAAGCUGGUGUUUUGUGGCGGUUCUCUCCUGAGUGACCUGUGGGUCAUCACAGCUGCUCACUGCCUGGUGGAAGCAGGGAUCGGAAACUUCUUUGUAAGAUUAGGAGAACAUAAUGUUAAGGUUGAUGAACAGCGGGAAAGUGAUCAUGAAAUUGAUGAACACCACAUCCACCCCAGCUACCAGCAUCAGCAAAGCCACAACCACGACAUCGCUCUGCUGAAGCUCAGAACACCCGUCACCUUCUCAGACUACAUCAUCCCAAUCUGUCUUGGCACAAAAACCUUCACAGAGUUCUUACUGAAGAGUGUUUCCAUCUCACUGGUCAGUGGGUGGGGACGGAUGCGCUACGGAGGGCUGGAGUCUGACAGGCUGCAGAAGGUGGAGGUUCCCUUUGUGGACCGCACCGAUUGCAAAGGCAGCGAUAAGAUUUCACGCUUCAUGUUCUGCGCCGGGUUCCUGACCACACGCAAGGACUCGUGCCAAGGAGACAGCGGAGGACCUCACGCCACCAGACUGCACACAGACACAUGGUUCCUGACGGGCAUCAUCAGCUGGGGUGACGAGUGUGCUAAAGAGGGCAAGUACGGCGUCUACACGCGCGUGUCCAGGUACAUAAACUGGAUCACAAACAUGACUGGAAUCAGAGCAGGUUCUUCUGGAUGAUCAGAUGUAGUCACCAGAACAUGUUUAAAUCACUGUUUCUCAACUUCAGGUUCCAGAAGCAGGAAAGUGUUUACACCAUGAACCGAUUUCAUCACUUAUAAUAAAAAAAAUUGACUUACUCAUGAUUAUGUUAAGAGUCUGAGAGAGAAUAAAAUCUAGUGUUUGGGACAGUUUUAACCAGUAAUCAGCUAAAACAAUCGAAUAAAAAACUCCACACAGGACGACGUUGUGGUGAAGUCAGUAGUUCAUUUAGCUUUAAAGCCGUGAGAGAGCAUGAAGCAGUAGAUCAGGCAUUAUAACUACACACAGAGAACGCCGUACAGCCGCCGGAUGGGUUUCUGUGUUAACAGCGAAAAAUAUAAAUAAUACAUGAAUACAUUCAUUUUGGCACAAUGAGCUAAUA